CAGAAUCUCCUCACGGCCCUGGAAACCACUGAGGUGUCGCUGCACCUUAACGCCAUUUAAGCUAAAUCUGAUGCAAGACAUACAUGGAUGCCUGAACUCUAGGAGUGAGCAGAGGGAGGCAGUUUUUGGAAACCCUAAGUCCGGCCCUCAGAGUCCUGCGCUCAGCAAUUCUGCAUCUCUGCACGAUGCCUCCUCCCCACCUACUCACCCCUGCAAGUGAAGCGAAAAGUAACUGGAGCAGAGCACAAGGCAGCAGAAGCUACCAACUUCCUGUCACCUGCUGUCCAUCUGAGACCCAGGCCCGGGCUGCCCCGCUCCCCGUCCAGGACUGGAGAACCAGACACAGAGAACUGAGCUCAGCAGCGAACGCCCUAACCAGCCCUUGUGCCUCACAGCCUCAGAGACUCAGUUUAGGAGCUCUGAGGACAAAAUGGCAGCACCUGGGAAUUCGGUGAGUGGAACUUUCCCAGCAGGGCCUCUGAAGGGCCCUAUGUCUGUGCAACCUGCUCAAAGAGAAAACCUCCAGAGAGUGCUGCCGGCAGUGGGCCCCACGCAGGGCUUCUUCAUGAGGGAGUCCAAGGCUCUGGGGGCCAUCCAGAUCAUGAAUGGGCUCUUCCACCUUGCCCUGGGGGGUCUGCUGAUGAUCCCCACCGGUGUCCACGCACCCAUCUGCCUGGCUGUGUGGUACCCUCUCUGGGGAGGCGUUAUGUUUAUUGCUUCUGGAUCGUUCCUGGUAGCUGCAGAGAAAAGCCCCAGGACAAGUCUGAUCAGAGUGAAAGUAAUACUGAACUCAUUGACCCUCUUUGCUGCCAUUACUGGAAUAAUUCUUUUGAUCAUGGACAUACUUAAUAUCAAACUUUCCCAUUUUUUAAAAAUGGAGAGACUGAUUCUUAUUAAGACUCCCGUGCCAUAUAUUAACAUAUACAACUGUGAACCAGCUGUUCCCUCAGAGAAGAACUCUCCAUCCACACAGUACUGUUACAACAUACAAUCUGUGUUCCUGGGCAUUCUGUCGGUGAUGCUGACCUUUGCCUUCUUCCAGAAACUUGUGGCAGCUGGCAUCGUUGAGCACGAAUGGAAAACACUGUGCUCCAGAUCCAAAGCCAACGUGGUUCUCUUGUCAGCUGAAGAGAAAAAAGAACAGACAAUUGAAAUAAAGGAAGAAAUGGUUGAGCUAACAGAAGUAUCUUCCCAAUCAAAGAAUGAAGAAGAGAUAGAAAUUAUUCCAGUCCAAGAGGAGGAAGAAACUGAAGCAAAUUUUCCAGAACCUCCACAAGACCAGAUAUCCUCCCCAGCAGAGAAUGACAGCUCUCCUUAAAUCAUUUCCUCUGCUUUCUGUCUCCUCUUUCCAAGCAUUAGUGUUUUUAGCUUCCAAAAAACAGCCAACCUGUUGAGGUCCGCUCUCUGCACAUCUUUCCCAUAAUUUCAUUUGCCGUUGGCAUUGAAUGAACAUAUCCUCUGGCUUCUUCUAUGAUUCAGAGAAUGUAGCAAAUGUAGCUGAUUGUUUUGUGAUGUUUCUUGUUCAGAGCAUCUUUCUUACACUGGAAAGUGGCAAAAUAAAUACUGCAGAAUAUGA